AUGCCGCACCCCCGCCCCACCACGCACUUGCAAAAGCUCCCAUUCCCAACCCCACCACCAAAACUCACCGUACCCCAAAAGUGCCGCCAGACCCUCCCGUCACCACCUCAGCCUGCCCAACUGGCUCCCGCCCCGCACGACCUGCAGCCGCCCGGCGGACCCCCGCCCGAGGAGGCACCUCCGACGGCGGCGGGAACUGCAGGACCGCUGCUCCCCACGCCCUCCAAGUGGCGAAAGCCGCCGGGGACGCCUGUACCCCGGAUCCGGGGCCUGCUGGAGGCGCGUCACCGAGGCCAAGGCGAUCCACCGGGCCUUCGCCUGUUGCCCCCACCCCCGCCCCCGCCCUUACCCACUCCACGACCCCCCGCGGACGGGCCCGAGCCUUCAGUGGGCCCAGCCCUGCCGCUCCCACCCCCGCCCCCUCCCCCAGAACCCAGAAACCACCCGCCGAACGGGAGGCGCCCCCAGGCCGGAGAAGCGUCCCUCCCGGGGGCUCCCCCCGAGGCGGCGCUGGCGAAGGCAGGGCGCGCCAGACGGGCAGCCCUGGGAGGGAGGGUCUGGCGGUGGGAGGCGGUGAGGGAGAGCCCCCGCCGGCGGCUGAGCCGGGCCUCAGUCUGCUGUGCAAAGCCCCCCGUGAGAGGGAGCAGCCUGCUCUUCUCCUCGGGAGCCAUCUCCUAUGCUGAGGCCCUAAAGCAGGGGUCCCCGGGGCCUGGAUCCCCUAGGGCCUCAGGAGAGGCUAUCCGGGGUACCUUGGAGACAGAAGGUGGGGAGGGAGACGGAGAGGGGCCAGCAGCGGGCGCCCCGGUUGUGCCCCCGGCCCCACCUCCUCUACCAGCACCCCGGGCACCGCCCCCACCUUACGCCCCCUUCCCAGGAGCUAAGCCCAAGUUCGAUUGGGUGACCCUUACAGGGCCUAGCGCCACUUUCAGUUCAGCAGAGACGGCCUUGAAGUGCGGCGGGGCUCGGGCUGCAGGCCCGGCUCUGCACCCCGUCUUUAUCUUUCCGUCUCCCGCCCCGGCAGAGGGGGAGACCCGGACCCCGGCGGUUCAGGUUUCUCCAGGGCCGCAAGAAGCCCCCCAGGUGUCGCUGUCGCCGCCGCCGCCGCCACCCCCCCUCCCACCGCCUCCGCCGCCGCCGCCGGCUCCCCCGGCGUCGGCUUUGCCCGAAGCACCUCCCGCCCCGGUACCCGCGCCGACCCCGGCCGUGCCUUCGCCCCGGGCUGCGGGACCUCCGUCCCCUGCCCCUGCCAAGCCUCGGACCAAGAAGAACAAGGGUCCGCGGGCCGGGCGGGGAGGCUCUGCGCGGGAGGAGGGCGCGAGUGGGGAGGGUCCCCGCGAGCGGGCGGGGCCCGGCCAGGGUCAGCCCGCUGAGAGUGGCGGCCCCCCCCCAGCUCGCCACUGGCCGCCCUUCCAGGUGCUCAGCUCCUGCCCCUGCAAGUGCUACUGUCGCCACCAGCCCCGGCACCGCCGGCUGCCCCGCAACGUCUCGGCCUGGCUGAGCACUCCCACCAACCAUCUGAGUGAACCCCCCUGGGUGGCUACAGUCAAGCUGGCUGGCUCCUUAGUGGCAGGGCUGGACCACUAUGACCUGCAAGCAGCAGAGGCAGACUAAGGAUGGGGGCACGGAGGGGGGACAAGAGGGCCACUGGACCACCUCCUAUCCCUCCAAUAAAAGACCAAGUCUCCCCUG